AUGAUCAAAAUAGUGAAGACUGGUCCAGACGGCUUUAUCGAGCAUUCGCGUCCUAGCCGCGCACACCGGCCAAUCGUGGAACGAACGUACCGCGAUCGUCCCGCGCACAUCAUCCGCAUCCCGCCAAGUCCACGGCCGAGCUCACGUCCCGACCCGGAAACAACGUCCCACGGUCGAGCGUUCCUUAGCUCGCCACCACAAGCCGUGCACGACCGCGCCGCGCGAACAGAAGGCAACUGCUCGCGGCCGCGCGACACAACUCACGUACCGCGGCCGACCCAUCCGUCCGACCAGGAAGGCAUCGUCCCCGUCCGGCCAAGAUUCAUCGGCCAAAACUCUUCAUCCGUCCGACCCGUCGGCCGAACACGAAAACUCUCGGCCACGAUCGUUCCGACCGUGCUGAUAGCCGACUACGACCCGAUGACCGGGCGACCGUCCGAACGGUCCGAUCGACCCGAAGCCCGUUUUGAAGCCCGUUUCACACGUUUUCACAGCCCGGCUUGA